UUCAAAUUUAUUACCUACUCUAGACUUGAGUUCUGUGAUGAAAGAGGUAAACCACAAAGCCAGCGUAGCGGUGGGAUAUGCCGCCUGACCAACAAGAGACUUCUUUUCUUGUCUCAGUUUGGUGAAGCUAGUAAGUGUAACUUAGUUUAAAGACACUUGAGAGAAAAAUUGAACCAAAUACAACGACAAUUAUGCCACAGGAACUAACUUAACCUCCUAUUCUAUUAGUGGGACUUAAAGUUGAAAACUUCGAAGGUGAACUAGUUCGUGAAAAUUUGAUUUGAUUUUAUCUAAUGAUCUGAGAAAGUAAGCCAAAGCAGUAAGCCUUUCGCUAAUUCACGGUGGCCAAUUAACGUUUUCAAUUCAGUUGCUAUUUAGGAAAGAAAGAAAUUAUACUCCGAAGGGGGUAAGGGGAUCAAAAGUAAUUUAGCAAGUAAAAUGUUCGACCGAGUUACUUAAUUAGCUUUGACUCUUAACAGAUGACUUUACACAGUCUAUUUCGCUCAUUGUUUAUGUACAUUUUUACAACUGCGCAAGUCAUUUCGCCCAUUCUUUGUGCACAUUUUUAAAGCUGCGCAAGUAAUUCAUGUUGCAAGGUUGUUAUAUCAGUCACCACCCAUUAAGCACGCACGGUCAAACGGGUGAGAAAGAAUUAAGCAGCAAAGCACACUAACUGCGCAUGCUCCCCAUUUGUCUGCAUUUUACUCUCUUAAAUCUUUUGUGAACUUUUAUUUCUAAUACCCGACUGAUAAGUUUGGCAAAAAAGAAGGAAAUAUAAAACAAGUAUGCAAAGUUUUCUCACUUUUUUUCUUCUGUUCAGUGCGGCAUCGAAUUCUGCAUGGGCCAAGAGAUAUAAAGAUGGUGUUUUAUCGAGUAAGGUAGUUGACGAAUGUUAGUUCUAAUAAAGGUCUUUAGUCAGUCUUUUUUUUUUGAAAAGUAUUUAGGGCAUCUAAGACACAUGUUAACAAAUCAACGAGAAUGUAAAUACAAAUUUCAGGUGCGUCCUUGGUCCCGUGGGGCGACCCUAAUAAGCUUCCAGGAGGGUACUCUCUAAAAGCAUCCUAUAAUGACAUCACCUUCUACAUGCCUAUUCCACUGCGGUGUCUGCGCAGUGUAGAGAUGUUUGGAAAAUCAGGUUUUCAAGGGGAAGUAAAAGUCCAUGGUGAAGCUCCGUGCUGCUUUGGCUGGUGUGGAUUAUUUGGGGUAAGACAAAAUACUAAAUAUCCAGUAACGUUUUUUAGGAUGUUGGGAUCAGUCAAAAUUAAGACAAUUGAUGUGACAAUAAACGAGAAUUUCUUAAGAAAAUCUUAGCCAUAAACUAAAACCUUAGCCAGAAACUAACUUGGAAAAAGGAGGAAAGCCAACUUAUUAGCAAACGAACGUACGAGAAAGCAGAAUACUCUGUAGGCCUUAGCAUAUGUUUCUUUCAGAUGAUCACAGAUGGGAAGAGGGCUGGUAUAAGUUCAGAGUGAUUUCGCUAGUCAUUGGAAUUUGCAAUAUUCGUUUUUGACGAGGGUAAACAUUCGCCGUAGAAAUUAGGCUAUCGAUUGCAGUUGUGCUGUUUGAAUACUCUGAUGUAGCUGCUAACAAAUACUUAGAGUAAGUACGUCGCAGUGCCAUGAAUUUGAAGGUCACAUUGUUUCAAAUUUGCAGGUAGAUUGCUGCCCUAAUUCCAGAAUUCUAAAGCAAUGGAGGCCAGAACAGCCAAAGAUCCCCAGCCAUUACAGAGAAAUGCGGGUCACUAUCGGCGUUUUAAUGCCACCUUGGGAACGCAAAAUGUUUGUCCAUAUUCACAUUGAUCCAACUGUUCCUUUGCCUGUUGCCAGAGAUUUUGUCGCCUUGUUGCAAAAGAAUUUUCCUGAAUCGAAUUAG